CUGCAGACUGAGCCGUGUCCUCUGGAUUCAUUUGUUUCAUCACAUUAAUCAAUAACAGCUGAUAUCGAUCAUGCUGCAGGUGAACGGGACGGACUUCCACCUCCCGCUGUCGGAGUACAGCUUCGAGCGGCGCUUCGACGAGAGAGGAGCCAUAGAGUGGAUGCAGGCUAACUGGAGUAAGUCGUUUGUGUUCAGCGCUCUCUAUGCCGCCCUGGUGUUCGGAGGUCAGCACUACAUGAAGCCUCGACCCAAGAUGAACCUGCGGCGGCCGCUCGUCCUCUGGUCGCUGAGCCUCGCUCUCUUCAGUAUCGUGGGUGCGGUCCGGACCGGAUCCUACAUGAUCCACAUCCUGAGCAGCAGCGGCUUCAGACAGUCCAUCUGUGACCAGAGCUUCUACAGCGGCCCGGUCAGCAAGUUCUGGGCCUACGCCUUCGUCCUGAGCAAAGCUCCAGAGCUGGGCGACACGGCGUUCGUCGUGCUGAGGAAGCAGAAGCUGCUGUUCCUGCACUGGUACCACCACAUCACCGUGCUGCUGUACUCCUGGUACUCCUACAAAGACAUGGUGGCCGGCGGCGGCUGGUUCAUGACCAUGAACUACGCCGUGCACGCACUCAUGUACAGCUACUACGCUCUGCGCGCCGCCGGCCUGCGCGUGCCCCGCCCCUUCGCCGUGCUCAUCACCAGCGCUCAGAUCUCCCAGAUGGCCAUGGGGCUGACGGUGAGCGGGCUGGUGUACCGCUGGAUGCAGGCGGGGGACUGCCCCUCCCACAUCGACAACAUCGCCUGGGCAGCGCUCAUGUACCUCAGCUACCUGCUGCUCUUCUCCAACUUCUUCUACCAGACCUACCUGAGGCGCCGCGGCGCCGAGGCCAAGACCAGCAAGACGGACUAGGACUAGACGGUCUGGAGACUGACGACGAGACCAGAACCUUCGUCUGAUGUUUCACACCAGAGACGAUAAGCUGAGACCACCUGAGUCCAGCUCUGAGUCUGGAUCUGGAUCCGGAUCCGGUCUGGACCGAGUUUAACAGAUUUAGUUUUUUGUCGUGUGUUUUUCAUUCAGUCGACCGUCACAUGAAAGCGUCUCUCACUCUGAACCGGACUGAAGUGGAUCAGGACAUGAACUCCAGUUGAACCGGUUUGAUGUUCAGGUCUGGAGUCUCUGGGCGUCUGAGUUCAGUGUUCGUCUCCACCCGUCACGUUCCAGCAGGCUGAUGAAACCGGCCCCUCCCAGCCUCCUCACACUGGUUUGACUGGUUUCACCUCCUCCUGUCAGUGAGGAGCCAAUCAGAGGAGCUGAUGCUGCAGCAGAAACUGACUCAUGUCUGAGUUUCUAAUCCGAGCAGAUUAGAUCUGAUGAGGCGUUCACUGUCCCAACGGCCAGACUGCACCCCGUUCACCCCGGUGAUAUUGACUUUAUACCAAUAUGAAGUAAUUGAUCCCUAACGAUCAUAAAUCAAUCAGUCUGAUCACACAGCAGCUGAAACUGAUUCAUACUAUUGAUUCAUCUGAAUAUUUUUUUUCUUCUGUCUGUAAA